AUGCAGCUCCAGUGGUCACAAGCCUGGACGCGACUCCCACGUCCAUGCAUCUAUAACCAUUCCCAAUCAAUUGUGCGAAAGUUCUCCGCUUCCUUAAAACCUCAAUACCGACCUCUCGACGUCCUUGAAAAUGCCGCCCUAGACACCUUCCAGCAGCGAUGCUUCCUCCCCGAGCAACCAGCAAUUCUCCCACGAUCUAACUUUCAAGACCUCCCCGCUCUGAAAAAAUGGUUCAACCGCGUGAGUCCCGAUUCAACACGGGGCAACUCGAACCCCGCCGCAAGCCUGAAUGUGAAAUAUCUCCAUCAACACGGUGCCGACGCGUUCGUCCCACUCGAGCUCACAGAAUCCACACCGACAGACGCUACGUCCGCACCUGAUGGCGGGAAAGCAGAAAUACAUAGCUUCCGGCAAUUUCACGCGCCACUCUCUUUGUUCCUCGACUGGAUGCGCACGGCAGAGGCCACUCCCCAAUCAACGAGGCUUUACCUAGCACAAUGUCAGCUCCUUGACCUGCCUCCCGUACUUCGAGAAGAUUUCCCGACGCCGGAUCUCGUAGCGCGCGCGGGCAGGGGCGACGUAUACGAUACGAAUGUGUGGAUUGGACACCCACCCACUUACACACCGCUUCAUCGCGACCCGAACCCGAAUUUGUUUGUCCAGCUGGCUGGAGAAAAGGUUGUGCGGCUGCUUGCGCCAGCGGACGGACAGACCUUGUUCGGGGCUGUGAGGAGGCAACUGGGAAAGAGUGGUGGUCGGGAGGCAGCGACUUUUCGGGGUGAGGAGAUGAUGCAGGGGAGGGAGAGAGCGUUGUUAGAUGAAAUGGUUUGGGAGAGACCGGUGUCUGCUGGUUCGGAUGCCGGGGUUGGCUUUGAGGCGUGUCUUGAGGCUGGUGACGCCUUGUUCAUCCCCAAGGGUUGGUGGCAUAGUAUCAAGGGUGUUGGUCAGGGUGUGACGGCUUCGGUCAACUGGUGGUUCCGAUGA